AGAGAGAGAGAGAGAGAGAGAGAGAGUGAGGGAGACCUAAACGACUGAUUGGAGAUUCAUCCAGGCGCUCAGGACGCACAGACGGAGUUGCACAAUCAGCGCUCCAAAGGGACUCCAAAAAGGCAGAAACCGCUCAGCGCGCCUUCAGUUCUGCCGUCCAAUAGUCACAGCAAGUGGAUGUUAUCUUUAAAAAGUUGAUUCUCCUCCGCGUGUUUACUCCUAUAGACAGCUUGGAGGGAUUUUUGAGGAACUUUCUUCAAUAAAAAAAGAACAUUUUUUGUACUUGUGAAGACAUGCAUCGGUGCACGGUGGUGCUACUUUUCUUAGUGGUGGCCUUAUAUUUCCUGAGCGCAGAAGCCUACAAGUGCAGGUGCACCAGAAAAGGUCCAAAGAUCAGAUACAAGGAUGUACAGAAGCUGGAGAUCAAACCCAAACACCCGUACUGCCAAGAGAAGAUGAUAUUUGUGACAAUGGAGAAUGUUGCUCGGUUCAAGGGGCAGGAGUACUGUCUCCAUCCCAAACUUCAGAGCACCAAGAAUCUGGUGAAAUGGUUCCGUAUCUGGAAGGACAAGCACAGGGUGUACGAAGCUUAAAACCUUGGCUACCCAGUACACAUGGACGGAGCGAGAUUCAAGAAAAAUAAAGAAAAAAGACGACAACACCACCAGGACUGUUUAUUGUGAAGUACAAGAUGUAAUCUCCGGUUAAACUGUACUUCUCCCCUUUCUGCCUGAAAUCUGUCAAGCACAUUAAGAGAUAUCUAUAGUUUGUAUAUAAGCUGGUGGGCUUGUUUUAGACAUCCAUCAAUCUAGUUACAGUCACUCACCAUUCCAGUCUUUACAACUGUAGUCAUAUUUGUCGAAUAGCGGACAAGACGCCACCAUCUAUGUUCAAACGGUUGUAGGUUUGUUCAGUUAUUUAAAGGAACUUCUCUUUUGCUUUGGCUCUUAAGAUUCCUUCAAAGUUGAAAAUGUAUCAUGCUGAAGAAACAGGCAAACGUUCCUGAAAAGUACAGUGUAGGUGUUUCAGAUGUUUCCACUUUCUCUGCUCUGUAUUCCACAUGACAGGUGUAUUUGUACAAUGCCAGCAUUUAGGAUCUGGUCGUCCAUGUUAAGAGGUCAAAAUGCAAUGAUACAGGAUCUCCAGGCAUUUUACUCUCUGUAUUUGUGGAGGAGAGUCAGUCAGCAAGUGGUUACACUCAAUACAGAAGUUGCUAUAAUCCAUACAGAUUGAAAAAAAUCAGCCACUUUGUGUGCAUGUGUGUGUGUGGGCAGGUGUUACUCAUGUUGUGGGGACCUAUAUCUAAUAAACACAAAUCACAAAUCAUAUUAUGGGGACCUGUCUUGCUCACGGGGACAAAAAGCAAGUCACCCCUAACGUAAAUCAUUCCAUUUUAAGGUGAAGACGUGUCUUUUAACGUUAGGUUAAGGCUAGAGUUAGGGUUAGGAAAGUAGUAAGUUAUGGUUACAGUCAGUGUAAACUUCCAAGAACUGAAUGUAAGCCAAUGUAAUGUCCUCUGAAGUCAUGGAAACACUACUGUGUGGCUGCAUGUGUACGAGCGAGUGUGUGUCUGCGUGUGUGUGUUUCCCAUGUUAGUCAUAUGUGUCAAACAAACACAACACUCUGCAGCAACCACUUUGUAAAAUAUUAUCUCACUUAAACCCGCAGGGUGUAGAUUCAGUAGCUAAUAAGCAAUUCAAAUGCAUCACUUGUGCCAUUUUUACCUACAGCACACACUUUUUGUUGGAAUUCAAAAGCUUGAUCAUAAAAUUCAUUAAGAAGGCAAAGCAGUUUACAUCAACAAAGGAUUAUCUUUUAUAUUUUCACUGGUUGAACAAUUUUAUUUAGUUCUUGAAAUAAAUAUGUAAUGAAGCAAUAUCUCACACAAACUGUCUCAUUAUAACCAUUUGAAAUGAGCUGCGUACUUAUUUAGCGCCAGGAAAUCAUUAAGCUGACAAUAUUUUUGUUCUUGUCAACCCCAUAAAAUCUGAUGACAACACCAAAACAAAGUCACAUUUCUGGACUUUUAAUACCUGAUUAUGGCAAUCUGACUCAUAAAUUCCUGUUGAGGGUGCAAAUCUUUAAGCAUAGACGAGGAGUGAAUGACAUUUUAAAAGGUCUACAAAAAUCCCUGCUCCUAAAUAUUGCUCAGACAGGAGUAGAUCUUGCAUUUGCCGGAGACUAUAUUCCACUGUGAAUUAACAGAUUGAUGCUUUACUGAGUAUUUAUGACAGCAUGACAAUGACUCAGAGUAAAGCACAAGUUUAUGCCAACAAAGAACCACAUCACUCAGUGUAAUAAUGUGGCUGAUUUGAUGGUUUUUGGAGAACAAUAGUGCUCAAUGGCACAAAGGAAUGAGCUAUAUCAGGCUCUGACUUUUGUUUUGGUUGAGGAUUUUGUUCACAAUUAUAAUGUUGAAUAUUAUCCAACUUAUCUUACAAAAUAGGUUUUGUGUUAUUAUGCUGCUAGGGAAAUAAGCGUUGGACCAGAGCAAGACAAAAACAACCUCUUUUAACAUUUAAAGGAGACAAUUUGGCUCAAAGCUCACUGCCCUCAUAUAUUUAAAAUACAUGGUUACUAAUUUCUACUGCGAAUCAUUGUUUCUUUGUCUCACACAGUCCUACAUGGAUGAUGAUGUUUUCCUCUUUGAUGAUCUCUCUUCUAGUAGGUCUCCUCAACAAUACUGUCAUUUGUGUUUUUAUUUUGUAUGUUGUCGAUACACUUUACAAUAACGACUGUUGGGUAUGUUUGGGGGGGGGGGUUUGCCACCAGACAAAUCACACACAAAUAUAUCUGCAUAUAUACAAAAACACCACAGUUUCUUUACCUUUUGAAGAAUGUGCAUUACUCUUGUUUUAUAUCUCAUAUAUAAAUAUAUAUAAAGAAGCAUUUUGUAAAUGGGCCAGUAUAGCCUAUAUGUUAGUGAGAAUGAAUUCACCAUAAGACUUUAUAGUGUCAUGUAUAUUGUAUUACUGCACUCUAGUUGUUUUUUUGCUAUUUAAAUCUUGGUUUGGUAACAUAUGUUUGGAGGGUGUGUGUAUGGACUGGCCCACCAAACACACAGUUAGACAUUCCAUUGAGUGUAAAACAAUAAACACAGCAAUAAAGUGUCUAUAGAGCA